AUGGUACAAAGAGAAAUGGAGAGACCCAGCAGCACAGCCAGUGUUCCUGUUCUCCCUGUUUCUCUACCAGAGUCAGUGACCUUUGAGGAUGUGGCUGUGAACUUCUCCCUGGAGGAGUGGGCUCUGCUGGAUCCUUCCCAGAAGAUGCUCUUCAGAGAUGUGAUGCAGGAAACCUUCUGGAACCUGACCACUAUAGGAAAACAAUGGAAAAAUCAGGCCAACGAUGAUCACUACAGUUCCAAGGGAAAUCUAAGAAUUCAAGUUUUAGAGAGAUUCUAUGAACAGAAAAAAGAUGGUCAAUGUGGAGAGGUCCUCAGCCACAUCAUAGAUCCUCUUGAAAAUAGGAUACAUUCUUCUGGAGUAAAACCAAGUGAACAUCAUGUGUGUGGAGAAGUCACCAUUGCUGAUCCAUUCCUAGUUGUGCCCCUGACAGCUCACACUGGACACAGAGCACAUGAGUAUCAGGAACAUGGAGAGAAGCCAUAUGAAUAUAAGGAAGAUGGGAAAGCCUUGCAUGAUCCCCAGCAUUUUCAGAAGCAUGAAAGAACUCACACAGGAGAGAAACCCAAUGUGUGUAAGCACUGUGGAAAAGCCUUGCGUUGUCUCAAAUCUCUUAAAAGACAUGAAAGAAAUCACAUAAGUGAGAAACCCCAUGUGUGUAAGCACUGUGGAAAAGCCUUUCGUUCUUCCAGCUACAUUAAAAUUCAUGAACGAAUUCACAGUGGAGAGAAACCAUACAAUUGCCAACAGUGUGGAAAAGCCUAUCGCUUUAGUACUUCUAGAUACAUGAAAAGACAUGAACUAAUUCACAGUGGAGAGAAACCCUAUACAUGUAAACAAUGUGGGAAAGCUUUUCAUUUACAUAGAUCCCUUCAAAUACAUGAGAUAACACACAAUGGACAGAAACCCUAUGUAUGUAAGCAAUGUGGAAAAGGCUUUCUUUCCUCCAGCUCCAUUAUCAAACAUGAACGAAAUCACAGUGAACAGAAACCCUAUACAUGUAAUCAGUGUGGGAAAGGUUUUCCAUUUCUCAGUUCCCUUCACAUGCAUGAACUAAUUCACAGUGGAGAGAAGCCCUAUACCUGUGAACAAUGUGGGAAAGCUUUCACUCAUUCCUAUGCCAUCAGAAGACAUGAAAAAACUCACACUGGAGAAAAACCCUUCAUAUGUAAGCAAUGUGGAAAAGGCUUUAGUUCUUCCAGCUCCGUUAGAAUACAUGAACGAAUUCACAGUGGAGAGAAGCCCUAUGCUUGUGAACAAUGUGGAAAAGCCUUUAGUUCUUCCAGCUCUGUUAGAAUACAUGAGCGAAUUCACAGUGGAGAGAAACCUUAUAUAUGUGAACAAUGUGGGAAAGCUUUCAGUCAUUCCAAUGCAAUGAGAAAACAUGAAAAAAUUCACACUAGAGACAAACCUUACAUAUGUAAGCAAUGUGGAAAAGGCUUUAGUUCUUCCAGCUCUGUUAGAAUACAUGAGCGAAUUCAUACUAGAGAGAAAAUCUAUGCCUGUAAACAUUGUGGGAAAGCUUUCAUUCACUCCUAUUUAGUCAGAAGACAUGAAGUAAUUCACACUGCAGAAAGACCCUACGUGUGCAAGCAAUGUGGCAAGUCCUACAGUGAUCCCCAUACCCUUAGACAACAUCGAAGAAUUCACAGUGACAUGAAAACAUGCAUGUGA